AUGGUCGUCGAUACUGUUUCUCAAACGGAUGUGGUAGCAUUUGUGGGAGAAGCCGCGGUUGCAAGGAGGAUAGAGCGAGAAAUGGCGCGGUCUUUGGAGGCAAAGCGGAAGCGAAGGGACGACAACAUCAGAGAGGAUAAGAGGGCAAGAUGUGCGGUGGUGUUUCAGGCCAUUUGGAGGGGACAUUGUAUGAGGGCACUAGUCGCUCCAGCCCUCGCCUCUCGUCGACGCGAAGCUGAAGAGAUACAGCGGAUGUUCCAGGAGGAGCGAUUGGCGGAGUGCGUUGUUGCACUUGAAGAAGAACGUAGGGAGAUAGAGCUCAAGCGUCAAUGCAAUGAGCUAGACGCAAUGAGGUACGCGGAGAAACGAACGCGCACAUCAUGGGCGUUUUUUAGACACCUCGAGGAAACAGCGAGGGGAGAAGAGCUGGUGCGCAUGCGAGCCGAGGAGCGACUCACUCGCGCGUUGGUGGACGUCGAGAUCCAAGACUUGCGGCGAGCUCAAAUAGUCCAGCGCGAGGAGGAAGAGCUCGGCAGGAUGUGUGCAGAAGACUUGGCGAUGCGCGAGCUCAAACUUGCGGAGAAAGCCCAGAUGUUGGAGCGGGUAGUAAUGCAGGCCGAAGACAUCCUGGCGAGGGGCCUGAAGAACUUUGACGAGCAAGAGCUGGCCUCGUCACGGGCUGAAGGCUGCCGCAUGGCGGCCGAGGAUAGUGCUUCCGCGACGUGGAACGCCGAAUUUCGUCGCCAGAGAGAAACUUGUCUCCGUGAGGCGUGGGCGAGAUCGACACCUAUUCAGCGAGCAGUGGAUCCCAGAGGGGCGGCUGCGGCACGGGCAUUGGUGUGCACGGAUGGAGUCAGAGCACUGUCCAAGCCAGAACCGUCGGAGCUACUGGACGAAAGAAUGAUGUUGAUGAUUGAGCAAGCCCGACGCAGGGAAUACUGCAAAAUGCAUUUGUACCGAAUUUCGGCCAAUGCUCUACGGGUUCGGAAGAACCGUCAAGCUGCAGUGCAUACUAAGGGUCUGGGUAGGACACUUUUAGGCCACGGCAACAAGAGUGGCGCCCGUGGCGGUUCUCAGGGGGAGGUGUCGUUCGAAGAAAACCUCGUCGCGUCUAAGAAGGAUAGGGCUGGGCCAGCAGAGCGAGAUGGGGCGGAAUGCAAGCUCACAUCGGACAUGCUUUCGCACCUGGGCCCCCUGGAAGACCUUACCGCGCUUGAGCUUUGCGUGGAGGGACUGACGUCGGCAUCCUUGCUCCAAGCGUGCACGUCACUCAAGUCGCUCUCGCUCAAUGUGAACCGGCUGUCUUCUCCCUCUGGUCUGGUAGUGAGCACAUCCCUCGUUAGGCUAGGUCUCAGGGACAACCGGUUGUCGUCACUGCAGGGACUGUCUGGCCUCCCUAGCCUGCGAGAGCUUCGACUGGAUAUCAACCACCUCUCCUCCCUCCACGAUCUACAACUCCUACCGGCAUUGGUCGAGCUGUCAGUCAAUACCAACCACAUCCGAGAGCUGCCGGAAGGGUUCGCGGUCGGUCUCAUGUCACCGACGGAUCCUAUCCCAGCCCAGACAGAAACGUGCCCCACUGUAGUAGAGAGGGCUGUCGCCUGCGGUGGGUUACAGAAGUUGGAACUGUAUCACAACCGCCUCGCAUCGAUCCAUCCGCGGGCUUUGCAGGGGCUGGCUUCCCUGACUCACUUGGACCUCGGCCGAAAUCAGCUCCAGACGUUGGAUGGCCAGGCGCUUGAGUGUUGCCCUGCUCUCUCGACACUUAUCCUGAGCCAAAACCUUCUGCGGGAGCCACCCUCUCCGCUUUGCUUGCCUCUCUUGAACGAGCUCUGGCUGAGUGGCAAUCAGAUACGCAGCAUGGGCUCUUGGGCUUCUUCUCCGAAAGAGACCCGUCUGCGCUCGUUGCCUGAGCGUUGGGCCAAACAUCGUGCCAUUUUGGAGGGGGCGUUGCUGGAGUUGUCGGGAGACUCAGCAGAGCAGCUACGUGCUUCACCAGGAGAUCAACACUUGAAACAUACCCCUUUCUUGGGGAGGGUAUCGGAGGGACAGGGGCGGGAGAGCGAGUACGGAAAACAAGAAACAUCGUUACGAGGGGAGCAUGGGCGGACAUGCGAUGAUGCUACCGUGUGGCUGCCAAGCCUGGAAGUGCUACACAUGCAGGACAACGCGCUGGAAACCCUUGGCGGGCGGUUUUCUCUCGCCGGUUGCCCGCUGCUGCGAUCUUUUGACGCAAGCUUCAAUCAGCUGAGGGCUCCCGAUGAAAUUGCCCUGUCACUUGAAGCGUGCAGCGGGCUAGAGGAAGUCCGAUUACACGACAAUCCGGCAUCGGCAUGCCCAAACUACGCAGAUGCGAUCGCCCUUAGCUGCCCUCACGUGAGUACUAGCACGGGAAUUGACACACCGCUUUGUACGUGUCAUAGAGGUGUGUAUGUGUGGGAUUGGCGAGGGCACCUCUAUCAAGUCCGAUGCCAUUGUGACGCUCUGUUCGUGUCCUACGUCGCCUUUCAAUCCUUGUUUCAGCUCAUGCGGAUGGACGGCGUCCAUCUAGACGCUCAGGUGCACUGGCGAGCGGGAGCGAACACAUACGGUAGACGAGCGGAUCUAGUCCUCCCGUUCCUCCUCGAGACAGGCGAAACGAGCGAGGCCCCGCACGGCGCGGCGGCCGCUACCCCAACCACUGCCCGCAGCGAAACAACUGGGAACGAUGUCAAUGAAUCCAAGGCAUUGAAGGAGGCUAGUGUUGGUGACUGUUGUCCCUGGUGCGGGGUAUGCACGCUACGCGCCAAGCACGCGAACAACACGGUGGAAGAGAGCGACGCCGUGAACGUUGCCAGGGUCAUCGCCAGAGGAAGAGACGGGAAAAGAGACGAAGCGUCGGGAUUGGACCCCGCUUCCGGCACUACAAACCUGCCCCAGCACAUACCAGAUUGUAUUGAAGGUGGAAGAUCUUCAGGGCCAAGUAUAUGUGUUUCUUGUGGCUUCGAGCUUCCCAGUGCGGACCUCUGGUCCGUGUCCGAGUCGCGCGCCGCUCGCUCCUUUGUGAGCUGGCAAGGUGUCUGCUCCGCAGGAGGCCGGUGGCGUGAUGGCUUUUGUGCUGGCGUUCGUGACAAGAUAGGAAUCGGCCAAGAAGAGAUGAGUGAGAGCAACUCCUUCCGCAAAGCCUGCCUUCGGGGCCGAGUCGAGCGAGAAAAGAUGAGACGCCGCCAUCGACGCGAAGAAAGAAACGUUGCGACAGGCGCAGACUUUAACGAGGUGGGACCACGAACAGUGAAGGGAGGCGGGGAUAUUACGUCACGGUUAGCACCUAGGGCGUCGUCGAAACGGAGACUGGAGGUAGAACUAGAGCUAGGGGAGCACCACGCAGAGGAGCGAAGACGUCAAGCCGCUACACAGCUGUGUAGCCACAGCGGCCGUGUGGACCACGGUGGCGUUGGUGCCUCCGACAGAGCGUGCGUGGUGCUGGAUUGUGCGUCUAUACAACCCGGAGAGGACCAGUGCAAUCACUCAUACUUGGGCACAGAUGCCUUCCGAAUUAGUCCCUGCCAGGCAAGUUCUUCACGUCGUCAUACUCGGGCGGCCCGUACGAUCCAACGGCUCUGGCACCGACGUCAGGAACGGACUGCGCAGCUCGUAUCUUCGUCGCCGAGCGUUCGCCAAGACGUCGGCACGACGUGGCCAGCGAACGAACAGGCGGUCACAAAGCUACAGUCGGCGUUUCGCGGGUUCCAUGUUCGGCGGGCUCUACAGGCAGCGUUAGACUCCGCGAAGUAUGUUGACGACGAACUGGAGGGCCUUCUGAACAUCAACGGAGGGGAUCGUUUCGAGCUUGACCGAUUCCUGUCCCCUCCACCGGAGCUGGGAGACGGCUGGUUGGGGACAAACGUGGUGGCCCAAGGAAACAAGAACAUCCCUCGACAUCCAACCCCUCCCAGUCGUGCGAAGGCCACCAGCAUCCGUUUAGUCGACACUGCCCGAGCUGUCGUCAGCAACGCACCUGCAUGCCCACAUCCGAGAGGAGGUGAUGGGGUGGAAGCAACGAGCAGAACGCGGUUGGAUUCGUACUGCACUGGCGGUACUGGCAACGCAACCAAGAGCACUUUUCUCUCUGAAACUGCGCAAGCCGUGGAGACAGGGCGAAGCGAUUAUAGAGAAACUGCGGGGAGGACUAGUGAUGAGGGCGGUGCAAGUGCAAGGGACAAAGCAAGUGAAGGUGGCGGCGGCCCCGAAAGGAGGGCUAAAAGUGACCUAGCGCGUGAUUGGGGGCUUACGGAUCCGAGAGCAGCACGGGCAUUCGCCAAAAGGGCAAAGAGACUUCGAAAGUUCCAGAACGGGGAGGGUCAGAAAAAAAAGGUGGCCACGACAUGGUUUGUACGGAACGUCCCACAACUAAUCCCGCUGUGCUCUGCGACACGUUACUUGCGCUCGCAGAACACUCAACACUCUAGGACUGGAAGUGGUGGAGAGUCAGCCCCUCAACGCUCCAACGGCGGUGAACGCGGUUGGGUGCAAGUCCCGCGAGCACCGCGAGAAACACGCCCGAGGCUCGCUCCCGUCGGCAGCGACGACCCCGCUGCAGCGACGAACGAUCCAGGGGCGCAACAAAGCACGAGGAGGGGCGGUGGGUAG